AAAGAGUAAGUACAAGUUGAAAAAAUAUCUUUUUUAUCGAUGAAUUCAAUGUUUAUAACAUUUCAGGAAAACUCGUUUGACAAAAUGUCAGCUGGAAAAACUAGUGGAACUAAUGGAGCGAAAUCCAGAGCAAGCUAAGGGUGCGGGUUCCAAUCCUACAGGAUUUUGGAAAAUGGUAGCUUUGGAACUCAAUUCAUUAGGCCCAGCAGUUAAGGAAGGAGCAGCUUGGAAAAGGACAUGGAUUGAAAAAAAGUCGAUCGUGAAGAAAAAGCACGGCUACAAUAAAAAAGAAAUGCAGAAAACCGGAGGUGGAAAGCCGACAUUUAAUACACUAAGCGAAUUAGAAGAGCGUAUUGCAGGUAUCACAAACGUGCGAGAGAUAUCUGCCAUAUUCGACGAUAGCAUAUGCGUUGGAAUCAAGCAAUCCUCUGCAGACAAACGCUACGAGUUGAAUCAACCGGGGCCAUCACAUCAUUGCAAGGCUGUAGAACAGCAGGAACCAUCGCACCUUAGCCAUACUACCGAUCGGCCGGGACCAUCACACUAUUCACAGACCACAGAACAUCCGGAACCAUCGCACCAAACUCAUACUACUGAUCAACCAGGACUACCACACUCUUCACAGUCCACAGACCACUCGGAACCAUUACACCAUACUAUGAACCAAGCAGAACCACCUCAACCUAUGGAUAUCAUAGAACUGCCGGAACCAAUACAAUUCAUACAUAAUACAGAACAGCCGGGAUCAUCGCACAAUAGCAACAAUAUGAAUCAACAGCCAUCCGAUAGGACCAAAAAAAGCCACAAAACUGCCACAACUAAACAAGCUGAUUUUCAAAAAAGGGUACUACAGCAAAAUGAUGAGAUGAACAAACAUCUUGGCGAAAUUUCCACCAACUUAAAAAUAUUAGCAGAGGGAACUUUGGGCUUUUUUUGA